GAUCAGUGCGGUUCGUCAUAGCUUGUGGUAGUGGAGUGUGUGCCAGAAACGCUACGAUUGUAAAUACACACGCGUCGUUUCGGGUGAAAAACUGGUGAAGAAAAACCGACCAGGCUUAAAAGAUAUGCGUUUAACUAAAGGCUAGUUUCCCGUGACGCAACUGCUGAUGGUAUCGUGAUGAAUGGCAAUAUAAUUUAUGUAUUUGAAACAAUUGGGUGGGCUGGAAUUGUGGCGUAAGCUAGGACAUUGCUACUGCAUAACGCAGUGCAAAGAAAAACAUAUAGUAAUAGCACGGGUGCUAUUGAUAAAGUUGACGGCUACGGGUUCGGUUGUUGCAUUCAGAUUACCGCGUGCAUCGCAAAUAGAGUCGUACAAUAAGCUUUGAGGGCAGUUUUCGCUUGGUGCCAGUACAUUUUGAUACAAUGGAGGAAUUGAGAGACAUCGAAGAUGAGGCGUACAACGAUCAGCAGGAUUUAGUAGAAUAUACAACAGAAGACGAACCAGAUGAACUGGACCAUGGCACUAUGAGUAUCAAUUUAGAAGAUUUAGUGGAAGAAUCUAACCGACCCGAGUUGUCUACUGACGAGGAGUACGAGAAUUAUGAAGACGAUGAAAAAUCGAGUAGCAUUCAACUGGCCGACAGUAGCAAAACAAUGCCGGCAUUAAGAAAUACAGUGUCUAUUUCGGGAUUACAAAAGGUUGGCAAUAAUGCCUCGACAGAACGCGUACCUCCGAAAGUGGUGAUGGUACCACAAAGUACCGCUGCACCAACUACGACGACACCGAUGAAAUUAUUGAACACUUCACGAACCUCCUUGCCGUCCACGAUGGCAACAACAUCCUACCGAUUGUUGAACUCGGAAGGCACGAUGAUAGUGAACGUGUCCAACAAACCUGCUGCAGUGAAGAAAAUAAUUUCCGUUUCUAACCCUGCUGCGACGCAACAAAAUUUAGCCAACAGAGUAGUGCUUAAUACAAAAUCACAAGUGAUGCAUAUUCAGCCACAAAACCUACCCGUGUCUUCAGGGACUGGGUUGAAAACGAUGAAAACUAUCACAAUGAAAACGAUUCCAGGAGGUACCAUCAAAAUGGUUCCCCAAACAACAACCCUACCAUCGGGUUUGCAAGGAACGAUGUUACGUAUGACGAAACCAACUAUUGCACAAGCAGUUCCUUUGGCAGGCACAAGUAAAAUAACGAAAACUAUUGCAAACAACGGAGGAAACGAAAUGUCAAAGGUCGUUUUAAAGCCAGCGACCUCGAACACGGGAGCAAGAAAAAUUAUCGCACCUUCUAAUGCCCCAUUGCAUGCGGUCACAUUGCCUGGUGGGAAAGGAGUACAAUAUGUGCGGUUAUUAAAUCAGCUACCAGGCACUACCACUGGACAGAAGAUAGUAAUGCAAUCACCAGGUAAGACAACAGGCAUUAUUACGAGUUCCGCUGGAAUGAACGUGGUCAAUGCUGGUACUGCAACCAGUACCGCUGGCACCAUCCAACCUGGACCUUCGAAAAUCGUAGUGCAAAACAAUAAAACUUUCGUCAUACGCAACGGUACUGCAAACCUAGCAGCGAUACCAACGAACACCACAGCUAUCGGCAAACCAUCCGUACUAUCCACUGGCAAAAAGAUCAUUUUGAACUCUAGCGUAAAUGCUGGUACUACCCGUAUUCUCCUAGCGAAGGAAGCUAGCAAAAAGAUAAAUAACAGUCAAACAGUCGUUCAAAAGUCACAGCUCCCAUCGAAUGGUGCAUCCUCUUCCGAAGACGGCGGCACACACGUUUUGGCGCCCAAGCAGCAACAACCAGCUGUAGAGCUGUCGACAGAUAAUUUGAAUCAUUCGACACAAUCGAGUGGCAGCACAGGCAGCAAAGGAGCGAUAGAUACUUCCAAAGAUGUUUCGCGAGUGCUGUCAACUUCUAGCUACGGAUUUCCGGAAGAGGCAUACAAAAAGCGACCGUGCAAUUGCACAAAGUCCCAGUGCUUGAAGCUGUACUGCGAUUGUUUCGCUAAUGGGGAGUACUGUUACAACUGUAACUGUAAAGAUUGCUUCAACACAUUCGAUCAUGACCAUGAACGCCAAAAAGCUAUUCGUUCAACGUUGGAACGCAAUCCGAAUGCAUUUAAGCCGAAAAUUGGAUCAAUCGGAUCGACCGAUGACGGGACGCGCUUGCAUACUAAAGGGUGUAAUUGCAAACGGUCUGGAUGUUUGAAAAAUUACUGCGAAUGUUACGAAGGCAAAAUACCGUGUUCCAGCAAUUGUAAAUGCGUAGGGUGCCGCAAUACUGAAAAUUUCGAUAUGGUUUAUGAGUAUUAUUCUUCUAACGAUGCAUCAACAAAGUCGGUCGAGGAAGGUUCCCAAAGCAACAUUCUUAUCAUACCUGACAAAAUAGAAUCUGUCGAAGGAACUACUAGACGUUCCAGCGCGGAUAUGGCUGGAGUAAAACGUUCUGCUUCAUUUCUGGAGACGGAUUUGUCACAAUUACCACCGACCAAGCAGCCGCACAACUUUAUGACGAUGGAUGUGAUAGAAGCAACCGUUCAAUGCAUGGUGGCACAGGCAGAUGAAUGCAUGAAGCGAGGCUGCAGCAUGCGUACGUCCGAACUAAUGAUUUUAGAAGAAUACGGCCGUUGCUUAUUGGAAAUUAAGGAAUUUGCGUUCAACACGGAAAAUUAACCUUACUCUAUUGAAGUUAAUACCCCGUUAUGCGCUCUUAAAUAGAUCGUUCGUGUAUUAUUUUCUUUUCUUUUUACUAAACAAAAAAAAAUACAUUUAACAUUGGCCACGUACGGCAGAUUCAAAACAUCGCGUUUGAAACGGGUCCCACCAUACGCGGGACUGGCCUUUUGAGUUUGGAUAAAAACAUCAUAGAUAGUCGGUCACUAGGAUAGGGCAAAUGUGAGCCGAUGCCACAACGAGGGUAGAACCGAUUAAAGGAAAAUGUGCUAUAUUUGUACACUUUAUGCAAUUUAAUUAUAACUGUUAUCAAAGUGUGUUAGAUGGAUUCAAACGGAACGGAUGUACGGACUAGCAACAUAAGUGAGUCUUGGAAAAGCUCUUAUCGAUUGAUGAGUUUGAAAGCUUCGUCGCUGUUUCCGACGAUAGUUAUAGUUGUAUUGUGGGUUAGUAUUUAGAAUGCGAACGAUAAAGAUUGAAGCCGAAUAAUAUUGCACUCCUAGAUGUUCUAUCGCAUACAUGAAUGUUGUGAAGUAACAAUGAGAUAUUUCGAAAAUACACAUUGCGCCAAUAUGUAAGUACAAUUAAAAACAAAAUAAUUUCAAUAAAAACUAAUGUAUAUAAAGUGUG